UUCCGAAAAAGUGGGUUUGUUUUUUUCUCUACUUCAGGGGGUACGGUCCAUAAUUCUACUCGUCGGAUAAAAUAAUUUCGAGUGACCAAUCAGAAUGAAGAAAUUUCAAGAAAUCUCAAGAUUUCUUCAUCCUGAUUGGUCAUUCAAAGUUGCUCUAUCCGACGAGUUGAAUUUUGGAACGCACCUCGGAUCAAACAAUUUUGUACUGACCGGAAACUACAAUUCUCAGCUUCUCUUGUGCUUUGCACGUGGAACGGUAUUGGCGUACUGGUUCAGCGCUGAUCAGUUUUGCUUUGUACAAAUUGGUUAUCUCGACCAGUACGAAAAAUCAACCAUGGCAACGACUAAGGUCGACAAUCCUGAGAAACCAGGACAGGAAGUCACUCCCAUUCAUCGAAUUAGAAUCACGCUCACGUCGCGCAAUGUUCGUUCUCUUGAAAAAGUAUGUGCGGAAUUGAUCAAUGGAGCUAAAAAACAGAAAUUAAAGGUCAAAGGACCUGUUCGCAUGCCCACAAAGAUCCUGAGAAUAACAACUCGCAAAACGCCCUGUGGAGAAGGUUCAAAGACUUGGGAUCGCUUCCAGAUGCGAAUUCACAAGAGAGUGAUCGAUUUGUAUUCACCAUCGGAGAUCGUGAAGCAAAUCACGAGCAUUUCUAUCGAACCUGGAGUAGAAGUCGAAGUAACAAUUGCUAAUGAAUGAAUUAAUAAACAGUGUCAUUAAAACGACAAAAUUUUAAUAAAAAUAUUUAAAAACUUAGAA